AUGAGUGCUGAUUUAAUGGAAGUUGAUUCCAUCGAAGACGUAGACGCCGUUGACUCUAUCAAUAGUAACAAUGUUCAAGUUAAAUAUGCUGAAGAAACUAUAAUGGAAGAAAUCAUUCAUCUUUUGAAGGAAAUUUCAAAAACCACAACUACAUUGGAUCCUCGUUAUAUAUGGAGAGCAUUGAAAGAAUUAGGAUCCAUUAGGAAAAAUAAUCUAAGCCAAGAAUCUUUAUCUGCGUUGGUUAAUAUAUUAUACCCUGAUAAUUCAUCAUUCAAGAUCCCCUUAUUGAAAUUCAUUAAUGAAAACCAUAAAUCGUCAGUACCACAUGCUGAUGAAAUUAGAUCCAAAUAUCCUGCAUCAUUCUAUCAAAUUGUAUCGAAUGAUUCGAACAACGGAGGUAAAACAAUUGAAGUGGCUCCAGAAUUGAAUUCAUUCAUUCAUCUUUUGGUUCAAGUAUAUUUAUUAGAUUCUUCUAAAUUUAAUGAAUUAUCUAAUUUCAAUACCAAAAUCAUCUUACCCAAGAUAUUGGCAUUCUAUAACCAACGUUCCUUGGAUCUAAUUAAUGCAAAACUCUGGUUCUAUAUCAUCAUUGCUGAUGAAAAAAUUGGGAAUCAAUCCAAUCCAGUUUUACGUUCAGAAAUGAUCAAAUUUUUAAGAACCGCGUCUUUAAAACAUGAUAACGAAACAAGAGCAAUGUUAAUAACUCUAGUAUUGAGGAAUUUCUUAGCAGCUGGUGAAAUUGAAUCCGCAUCUGAUUUCAUCAACAAAAUUGAAUUUCCAACUACAGACGUAUCAAGUCCAUUAGAAGCACGUUAUUAUUUUUACUUGUCUAAAAUAUCUGCCAUUCAAUUAGAUUAUUCAAUGGCAAAUGAAUAUAUCAUUGCUGCAAUUAGGAAAGCUCCUCAUAAUGCUAAAAGUAUCGGCUUCUUACAACAAUCAAAUAAAUUACUAUGUGUCAUUCAAUUAUUAAUGGGGGAUAUACCUGAAUUAUCAUUCUUCAAUCAAAAAAAUUUAAAAAAUUCUUUGGUGCCUUACUAUAAUCUUUCUAAAGCUGUCAGAUUGGGUGAUUUGAAAAAAUUCACUCAAACUAUAACUAAAUAUAAAAAAAAUUUUAUUACGGAUGGUAAUUAUCAAUUAUGUGUUAGAUUAAGAUCAAAUGUAAUCAAAACUGGUAUUAGAAUAAUCUCAUUAACUUAUAAAAAAAUUUCUUUGAAGGAUAUUUGUUUGAAAUUACGUCUGGAUUCAGAACAAACAGCAGAAUAUAUGGUAUCAAGAGCAAUAAGAGACGGAGUCAUCGAAGCUAAGAUAAAUCAUGAAAAGGGAUUCAUUGAAACUUCAGAAUUAUUAAACGUUUACGGUACUAAAGAACCACAGACUGCAUUCGAUGAAAGAAUCAGAUUUGUUUAUCAAUUACAUGAUGAAUGUAUUGUGGCAAUGAGAUAUCCUGAAGAUAAGAAAUUAUCAAACCAUAAUGGGAAAGAUGAUGACGGCCAUGGAGAAUUUAUAGAUGGCGAAUUGUUUGAUGAAUUAGACGAUUUCUCAGACAUUGAAGACAUGGACUUCAUGUAG